AACAACAACAACAACAACAUUGUCAGCAUAACCUCAUAUCAUUUCAUUGAUAUUUGUGUUUUGUUUUUGUUGUCAUAUUAGAAAAAAAGCUGUGUUCCUUAAUUCUGCGACAUCUCUCCUGUUGCAGUUCCACUGAUGGGCAUAACACUUCUCUUUAAUUCGAAACUUUCACCAUCGCCGGCGAAUAAAAUGAAACGCCUAAAUACCAUACAACGAAUACGUAGCUUCAAGAGAAGGCGUUUAGAGGGCCUUUAUGGUUGGAUAGCAGUGGCAAUGAUUUGUGUGGUGCUACAAAAUGUUGAUACGAUUGAUGCAGUGCCCAUGAAUGGUGGUUUUAUGAGGAUACACAAUCCCAAAAUGGGUUUGCAUUUUUGGCAUCAACGUGUAACACGAGAUGUAGCCUUGGCUAUUGCAAAUCAUACUUCCAGUUCAAAUCAAAUGCAGAAAGAUAAUAUGAAAGAGGCCAUGAUGAUGCAGGCUUCUUCGACAGAAUUAACUAUGGACCAGCCGCAAGGCCAGUGUCUACUGGAUGGUGAAUAUGUGGCAGAGACAACGGUGUUCUGUGAAAAACAAGUCGGUUGUCGUGCCAUACAAAAGACAGGACACUGUUGUCCUGAUUAUAAAUGUGAUUGCCAAAAGGAUGGCAAAACUUAUUUGAAUGGUGAUAAGUUGGUAGAUCCGGAGACACCAUGCACUGUGUGCUACUGUCAAGGUGGUGAAAUUUUAUGCAGUUCAGUCACUUGCUUCCAUCGUGACGAUUGUACUCCCAAAUACAUACCAGGUGUCUGUUGUCCAGAAUAUGAUAAUUGCCCCGUUGCCACCUCGUCGGAAUCAUCGCUUAAUAAAACCCUCACUACGACCUCAACCACAUCCAAACCCGAAAUAAUUGCUCCAGCCGAAAAUGCACCCAAAAUCACCAUCAAAGAAAUCACAAAGCCCACAGAGAUACGCAUUACGGAUGACAACAAAGCCAUACCUGUGCAUCAAAUGCUAAAGCCCAGUUCUGCAACAACAACAACGAACACAUUACCGGCGGCCGCAACAACAAUGGGGCCCUCAACACCCAUGGCAUCGACAACAGCCAUGCCAUCAACCACCACCAUUAAUACACCAAUGAUGGUGGCUAUGGUUGCUAUAAAAGAGCCCCUAAAAGAGGAGAGUAUGGUAAAGCUUAGUGAGGACAGAAACCACAACGGUUUUAGUAAUGGUGGUGGUGGCAAUACUGUACUAACAAAUGUGGGCAUUAAUAGCGGAGACACUUUAAAACUAGCCGCCUCCGUAACAUAUCCACCAUCAUCGUCGACAACAACCGUUAGAAGUACUACAGUAACUAGUACUACACCUACCUCUGUGGAAAGUGGGGAAAUUGAUGAUUCAGAGCCGGCUCUUUCCGUUUUUAGCACUCAAGGCUUACCAGAUGAUCCCAGCAAAGUGAAUAUAAAGAGAGAAUAUCUUAUAACCACCGAGGGAGUUGCAGCUCACAGCUACGAUGGCAGUGGAGAAUAUCCGAAUUCUGAAUUGAUUUUCGGAGGCCAAGCUUCGCCAUCGGAGGCACAGCAAUCUAUAGAGGGCUUGGCAGCACCCUCCUCAUCGGCUGAAUUGGAUUCGGAUACGGCGGGUAGUGAUAAUAUUUAUCACAUCAUUUUGACCACAGAUGGGCCAAGAUCAGCAACAACUUCGGAGAACUAUUUGGCUUUGAAGGGUAGCAGUGGAUUAGCCAGUACAGAAGGUCCCUUUGAGGAUUUAUCUUCGCCCAGCUUUCUGGAGCCCUCACCAGCACCUGUGGAUCCCAUAAUGGCUGCCUCCACCACCGAGGGUCCAGAAGAUACGAAAUCCUCCACAGAAGCCAGUAUAGCACCCCACCAACACUUGGAUGAGGACGAUAUACCUUUGGAAAUAAAUCCUGCUUAUCCCUCGCUGCCUGCAGAUGAUUUCAGCAUUAGGGGUGACAACAACUACCAGUUAACAGACAUUGAUGAUAUGGGUGAAGAGCCGCGCAGCAUAGGCACCAAUGGCCACCAGGGUGGUGGUGGUGGUGGUGGUGGGCAUGAUUUAGCCAAAAAUAGCAAACAUUUAGAUGAUAUCAGUGGUUAUGGUAGUGGUGGAGGCAGUGGCAGUGGUAGUGGCAGCGGUAUGGGUGAUUUUCUAAUAGAAGAACUUGCAGCAAUGCCCUCCUCCUCCACCGAAGGCAGUGGUGGCAUGGAUUUACACAACAAAGCCAUGGAGAGUCUUAAGACAAAACUAAAACACGCUCCGGAAAUCAUACAGUUCAUGUAUUCCGGUGAGGAUUCCUCGGAAGAGACCAGAAUCACCAACUCCAGUGAUUUUCAAGUGGAUAACAUGAAAGCAAUGGAGGAUUCGUCACUGGAGUCCACCGAAAUUCUGAAGCCUCUGGAGUAUUUAGAAGAUGGUUCUGGUUCUGGUUCUGGCUCAGGGGCGGGCGAAAUGAAGCAUGUCAAGGAAAGAGAACCCACAACACCACGCCCUCGCAAGGGCAGCUCUAGCAUUGAUAUUGAUGAACUGCAAGACUCAUCAGGCAAUGGACCCCAGGAUGAUCCCAAAGAAGAUGCCGAAAGCUUGAAACUCGAUGAUAGUCAAUCGGAAACAGUGGCCAAUAAUGAAAAAUCGCCCAAGGGCAAUAUACUGUCGGUAAAAGUUCAGCAGGACAAAGCUUUUCAUGGGGAAUCGGUUUGAGUAGACCCCCAACCCAAAACAAAAGCAAAGCCACAAAAACACAGAGAGUAUUUUUUUUUUAUUUUAAACAAAUUUCCAACAGCAGCAUAUUUAAACAUCAGAGUUUUAAGGCAAUGUAUAUAUACAGAGAGAUUUAACCAAGCAAACUGAAAUUUUAAGCAACAAAUUAUUAUUAAAAAAAAAAAACAUAUAUUAUUACGUUAUAAUAUUAUAUACAUAUCUUUAUAGUAAUGUAUUAUUAUUUAAUUGAUUCAUUUCUAGAGACUGCAUUUUAAAGUUAUUAUAAAUGUGUGAGCUGCAGGACCGCAAAGAGAUAGAGAGAAAGAGAGAGAGAGAGGAAAUGCAUCUGGCAUAAAAACUCCUAAUUUAUACAAAUAAGAUAAUCAAAGUAUCCAAGUAACAGAAUUAGAUUUUUAGGAAAAUGAAACAUUAAGAAUAAGCUAUUGAGAGAUCAGUUAGUCAGAGAAAGAGAGAGAGAGAGAGGAUAGAUAUAAAUCAACUCCUUGUUGCAAUAACUGUUAAACAUGAAGAUUUUUUUUAAUAGAGAAGAAAAAUUUACUAUUUUAGUUACAAUAAAGCUGGGCUCCCAAUAUGCAAUAAUUUACAACCAUAGUUUAUUUACAGCAAACGAAUUAUUUCAUUAUUAUUCUUAUCCAAAACAUUCAAUGGAAAAAGACUUUAAUUGUUGUCUGACAAAGAGAGAGGGAGAGAGAUAAUGGUGGGAAUUUCAUAGGUAUCCCUCUUAAACAUAGAACAAAAGUCUAGUUGAUAUGACCACCCCUAAUACAGAACCCAAUGCCUUUGUAUGAGUAAAGAGGCAAUUAAACCCUUUUUAUAGCCACCACCGAAGGAUGGGGGUAUAUGUAUUUUGUCAUUCCGUUUGCAACACAUCGAAAUAUCCAUUUUCGACCCUAUAAAGUAUAUAUACUGUUCAUCUACAACGAACAGCGUAAAAAUCUAAGACGAUCUAGCCAUGUCCGCCCGUCUGUCUGUUGAAAUCAUCAUUCUUCAAUUUGGCCCAGAUUUGGAUAUUGCUGCCAUAUAGACCGAUCUCUCGAUUUGAGGUUUUGGGCCCAUAAAAGGCGCAUUUAUUGUCCGAUUUUGCCAAAAUUUGAGACAGUGAGUUGUGUAAAGCCUAUCGACAUCUUUCUGCAAUUUGGCCCAGAUCGGUCCAGAUUUGGAUAUAGAUGCCAUAUAGACCGUUCUCUCGAUUUGGGGUUUUGGGCCCAUUAAAGACGUAUUUAUUGUCCAAUGUCGCCGAAAUUUGGGACAAUAAGUUGUGUUAAUCCCCUCGACAUACUUCUGCAAUACGGCACAGAUCGGUCCGAUCUCUCGUCUGCGUCAUAAAAGACGCAUUUCGCCAAAAAUUUGGAACAGUGAGUUGUGUUAGGCCCUUCGACAUUCUUCUUCAAUUUUUCUCAGAUCGGUCCAGAUUUGGAUAAAGCUGCCAUAUACACUGAUAUCUCGAUUUAAAGUCUUGGCCCCAUAAAAGGCUCAUUUAUAAUCCGAUUUUACUGAAAUUUGACACAUUGACUUAUGUAAGGCUUUUCGACAUCCGUGUUGUAUAUGGUUCAGAUCGGUGUAUUUUUAGAUAUAGCUACUUAAAAAAAAACAAUAUUUUUUUUAUACACAAUUGAACAAUGACUUACUUAUACUUAUAAGUAUUGGUCCAAAUCGGAACAUAUUUCGAUAUAGCUGCUAUGGGGCUUAAGGUAUGCAUUUUUCACGGAUUUUGACGAAAGAUGCAAAUGCAAAUUUUGCCCAUGAACAUUCCACUAAGGAAGAUGGGCAAACGAAAGAUGGUUUAUAUAUAUAUACCCGAGGUGGUGGGUAUCCAAAGUUCGGUCCGGCCGAACUUAACGCCUUUUUACU